AUGAGCAAGAUCAACUUGGGUGGUGUCACUUUCGGCGGUGGCUUGAAUGCCCCCUCUCUUGGCAAGGCCAACACCACUGGCGGCAUCAGUGUCCCCAGGGUUGGCAGCAUUUCUGCCAAUGCUGGGAUAGAUGCCUCCAAAGGCCUUCGCGGUAUCACCGGUGGUGUCGAGCUCAAGAAAGACAACGGCAAUGUCUUCACCAGCGGUGGUUCCAAGAAGUCCGUCGAGGACAAAAGCCAUCAAGCAAUCAGCUCCUACUUCAUCGGACCCCGGGCUGAGAACCUGGCCUUCUUCAAGGACAACAUGAACGUCAUCCUCGAGCACUUUGAGAAGGGCCGACUGGACUAUUUCCCAAACGACGGGGAAUUCAUCUCCGACCAGAUCCAAGCCUCGGAAACGUUCCAGGAGCGCACCGCAUCCGUCGCCAAAGCCGUCCAAUCUCUCUCACACCUGAUGUCCACAACCUCGAUCCCUUUCUUUUCUCCCAGAUACCAAGCCCAUAUGGCAACUGAUAUGAGCAUGCCAGCUCUGCUUGGAUACUUCAUGACUAUGCUGUACAACCCCAACAAUGUGGCAUUCGAGGCCUCCCCCAUCACAACAAUCGUCGAGAUGCAAGUCGGCGAGCAACUCUGUGACAUGCUCGGCUACAACGUGCUUGAGCCAAACAUCCCAACGGCCAAGUCCUCACAGCCAGUUGGGUGGGGACACGUUACCUGGUCGGUAAGUUCGGCGACAAUGCGGAAACGCAGACCAAGGGCUGAUGUGAUGGACUAUUCAGCGCGCAACAUCAAGUACUACCCCCUCGCCAUACGUCAAGCGCUCGAUGGGCCUCUUGGACUUGUGAAAGACACCUUCACCGUCAAGACGGCCCAGAAUGUGGAGAAGCUCUUCUCGGAUCUGACCACGUGGGAGCUGCUGAACCUGAAGUCCGAAACAAUCCUUGACAUUCCAGACCGGCUCAAUCGAGACUACAGCAUCUCGUCCAAGUAUAUCGAGCAGAUAUUGGAUGACUAUGGCAUUCAGUCUCGUGGGAAGGAGGCCUUGGAUCGCCACUUUGGCAUUGAGAAGCCCGCGCAAUACAUGCUCUCCAAUACACGUCAUUACUCCUGGCCCAAAGGUGGCGCUAUCACCGGCAUUGGCUCCGAAAACAUUGUCGGCAUCCCUGUCGACUAUGGGGCGCGAAUCAACUUGGAUGAGCUCGAGAAACGCCUCGAGGAGAAUCUCAAAAAAGAGCAAGCCGUUUAUGCUGUUACCGCCAUAAUCGGCUCGACUGAGGAGGGUGCCGUCGAUCCCCUGGGCAAAAUCCUUACCUUGCGUCGCCGCUUUCAGGCGCGGGGCCUCUCCUUCCUCGUUCACGCAGAUGCAGCCUGGGGAGGCUACUUCACGUCCAUGUUGCCGCGUGACUAUACCCCGGGCAGUGGCUUUAUGGGAAAUCUACCAGUGGGCCUGGGCGAGGCAGAGGGCUUUGUUCCGGAUAGCUCCUUGCGCACGGAUACCCAGGAAGAUCUCUGGUGGUUGCGGCAAGCGGACUCGAUAACCCUGGACCCGCACAAGUCAGGGUACAUUCCCUACCCUGCGGGAGGCCUUGCCUACCGUGAUGGCCGGAUGCGAUACCUGGUGACCUGGACGACCCCAUACCUUUCUCAGGGCUCGACUUCCAGCAUUGGUAUCUAUGGAUUGGAAGGAAGCAAGCCGGGAGCCUCGGCCGUGUCAACCUUCAUGGCCAACAAGUGCAUCGGGCUCAAUCCGGAGGGCUAUGGUGCAUUGCUGGGAGAAGUGACUUAUUCCUGCAGCAGGCUUUCGGCCCAGUGGGCAGCCAUGACGGACGAUAAGAUGGAUUUCGUCGUUGUGCCUUUCAACAUGCUCCCUUCCGAGCUUGCUCCCGACGCAACCCCGGAAUCAAUUGAAGCCGAGAAGCAGUGGAUCCGCGACAACAUUCUCUCGUCCUCGAACCUCAACAUUGUUACCAACAACAACACCAGCCCCGGCGGCGAUACUGCACUCUCUCUUCUCCGCAAAUUGGGCUCCGACUUAAACAUCAACGCUUUUGCCGUCAACUUCCGCAACUCGGACGGGCUGCUCAACACCGACACUCGGGAGGCCAACUAUCUGAUGCGGCGCGUUGUGGAGAACUUCUCGGUCGACUCUCCUGGAGACGAUCCGACCAAGAUCCCUCUGUAUCUGACGUCUACUGAGUUUUCCCCAAAGCUGUACGGCGACUGUGCCCGCAAAUUCAAGGAGAGGCUCGGAUUGAGGGAUGACAAGGAGGACCUGUUCGUCUUGCGCAACGUUGUCAUGUCGCCAUUCCCGACGGAGAAAGACUUCAUCACCGAGCUGACGAACAUCUUCAAGAAGGUGGUUGAAGAGGAAGUGAUGGUCUCCCGUGAGCGUAAUGAAUCGACCGAGGCCAGCCAUGAAUUCUUGGUACAAGGCGAAGAUCCAAUCUACUUCGUGCACAAGCCCAGUUUUCAUGCAGCGAAUCGCCGUCGUCAGACCAUCUUUGAAGUCGAGCUUCCCAAAGGCACAAAAGAAGACUAUCAGACUCUGCAAUCGCAAUACCCGGAAGAGAUCGUCACCUUCUACACAACUCGGGAUGUCGACCUGACACAGGCCAUCAACGAGCCUGGAGAGCUGAUCGGAUACUUGGAUUCCGACAAGACACGCCCCAUGCUUCCGGCUGUCAAGGUCAAGGUCAAGCGCAAGUGGCUCGACCGUCCCCUCACCGGCCCCUCCCUCGCUGCAGACUAUCCCAGCGGACGCAUGCCCUUCUACCUUUACGGCGACUUCGAUGCCUCUGACCCCUCCCAAGUCCACGUGGACCAUGCCCUUCUCCGCUACCCCAACAUCCAGCUCACCGCGCCGAACAUCAAUCUGACCUUCCCCACACCACCGCAAAAGCGAGACGCCUCCAGAAACGGCACCCCGCUCCUCCUCUUCCUCGACGACAUCCGGGAGGAGACGAUGCAGCCGUUCCCCGAGAGCAACGCCACCCUGGCCUCCCUGCCCAACUUCUUCUUCCAGGAGGGCAAGGACUUCGCCGUCAGCGUGUGGGAAGAUCCGGCCGCCGGAAGCCAGGAUGGCCAGGAGGUGCUGGAGGCGUGGGAGAAGCUGGGUCUGGACGGCGGAGACGAAAGCCUGCUCGUGGGGAGGGGUACGAUGACGCUGGGUCCCGGCGCGUUCGUGGACGCCGAGUGCUUGAACGUGGAUCCGUACAAGCGGGUAGACCCUGUGGGGGCUUGGGUCAAAGAGCUAGACAAGAUUGGGAGUCUGUGA